AGCAACGCAAGGCAACAGCAGCCUCCGCCCCCUCAGCCCGGUGAUUGGCUGGCCUUGCUUAUCAUUUCCCUGCUACAGUGAGGAAAGGGCCAGUGACGCCCCCGAGCCCAGCUGCAGAAGCGACCGCCACCUCCAAUGCACAAGGUGUCACGUUUGAAAAGAAACCUGAGCCCCGGGGAGAAGGCGCCCAGCGACCCUGGCCUGGCUAGUGCAAACUGCGCGGCUGGGCGCUGGGCAGCGCUGGAGAACCCGGAGAGCUUCACCGCAGAACAUCCUAGCGACCUGAUUCUGGGAUCUCGGCUCCACGCUCCCUUCGCAGUCUUCAGAUUUCUCCCCCUCGAUUAUUUCCCCAAAACGGAACCUUUAUACCAAGAGAAGGUGCCGGAGCUGGGGCAACCAGGACUUUCUCGGGCACCCAAGAUGCGCUCCAUUAGAAAACGGUGGACCAUCUGCACUAUAAGUCUACUUCUGAUCUUUUAUAAGACAAAAGAAAUAGCGAGAACUGAGGAGCACCAAGAGACGCAACUCAUCGGAGAUGGUGAACUGUGUUUGAGUAGAUCACUUGUCAACAGCUCUGAUAAAAUCAUUCGGAAGGCUGGCUCAACCAUCUUCCAACAUUCUGUACAAGGCUGGAGAAUCAAUUCUUCUUUAGUACUGGAGAUACGGAAGAACAUUCUCCGUUUCUUAGAUGCGGAACGGGAUGUCUCUGUGGUGAAGAGCAGCUUUAAGCCUGGUGAUGUCAUCCACUAUGUUCUGGACAGACGCCGGACACUAAAUAUUUCCCAUGAUCUGCACAGCCUCCUGCCUGAAGUUUCACCAAUGAAAAACCGCAGGUUUAAGACCUGUGCUGUUGUUGGAAAUUCUGGCAUUCUGCUGGACAGUGAAUGUGGCAAAGAGAUUGACAGUCACAACUUUGUAAUCAGGUGUAAUCUAGCCCCUGUGGUGGAGUUCGCUGCGGAUGUGGGGACUAAAUCAGAUUUUAUUACCAUGAACCCAUCAGUUGUGCAAAGAGCAUUUGGAGGCUUUCGGAAUGAGAGUGACAGAGAAAAAUUUGUGCAUAGACUUUCCAUGCUGAAUGACAGUGUCCUUUGGAUCCCCGCUUUCAUGGUCAAAGGAGGAGAGAAGCACGUGGAAUGGGUUAAUGCGUUGAUCCUUAAGAAUAAGCUGAAAGUGCGAACUGCCUAUCCAUCAUUGAGGCUUAUUCAUGCUGUCAGAGGUUACUGGCUGACCAACAAAGUUCCCAUCAAAAGACCCAGCACAGGCCUCCUCAUGUACACACUGGCCACCAGAUUCUGUGAUGAAAUUCACCUGUAUGGGUUCUGGCCCUUCCCUAAGGAUUUGAACGGAAAAGCUGUCAAAUACCAUUACUACGAUGACUUAAAAUACAGAUACUUUUCCAACGCAAGCCCUCACAGAAUGCCGUUAGAAUUUAAAACCCUGAACGUGCUACACAACAGAGGAGCUCUGAAACUGACCACGGGGAAGUGCAUGAAGCAGUAAAGCACACAUCGAAGGAUCAGAACUGGAUACAAACUUUUUCUAAAGAUGCUUUGGAGAUUUAGAAACAGGAUCCAGAACAAGGCUGGGUUUCAGUAUCCACAUGAACCGAAUAGCUGCACCGGAAGUCCAUGUGAAGCCACCACCAGCUGAUGAAAUACCUGCCAAGUGCUCUAAACUAUAAAAUAUCCUGACUUCAAGGGUCCUAGUAAGUGCCACUUCCAAGAAGAAUACAGUCUGAAUGUAUUAUCAGUAGUGUUUACAAGAUCCAACAGUGCACUCAUCAUUAAUUAGCAAAGCAAAUAUGUUCGUCACUGUGGGGCAGCCAUUGCAAUGCCAAGCACACUGGAAGAGGAACUCAGGAGCGCCGUGACGGAGCUUGGGAAAUUCAAACACCCUGAUCCACAGAAAUGAAGAAGGAAAAGAAUUCCAUCAGUGAAAUCCAUGAGAUGAAGCAACUUGAGGGAAUGCCUUCAGUCAGGACACUGAGAAUGAUCAUGUGUGUGUGUUUUGCUUGGAUUUUUGUUUGUCUUCUGAAACUUGUUUCCUUUUGAGUAUGGGGUGAAUAGAAAUUCAUUUGAGGUACAGAAAUGGGAAAUACAUACGACUGAGAAAAGCAAGCAUCAAACAGUCCGUCCUGAAAUUAUUUUACUUUUUAAACAGCAACCACACCAAAUUUUGUCUUACUUGUUUUAUUUCACACAACUCUAAAUCUCUGAAUUUUGUAUCAACGGUGUAGCAGGUACCAGCCAAACUAUGGCACUCAGUAAGAGAGAACCAUUGUACAGGAAAAAUGGUAAAUUGCUCUUGGUACCAAAGAGUGUACCCUGUUUCCACACAGUAAACCAUUCUCCUUUCAUUAAAAAUAAAUAUCACUAACAUGAAUACAUCAAUAGGCUAUUACUAUGAAACUCGGUUCUAAAUAUUUUAAAAUUUUCAAACUCACACAUUAUUUUUAAUUUAUACCUUUGGCAUUUCACAAUAGUUUUGUGGAAACAUGUUGCCCUGUAGCAUAAAUGUUGGGUUGAUGUAGCUGAGAUGUGACUCCUGGCUCUAUAGCAUUAUCCUAGAUAUUCAGAUGCAAAGAUCAACAUGCUCCACCUAAGUAUCAUUUUCAAAAUUUCUCUCUACAAAGUAGCAUGAAAAAUUGAGACUUGUUUUCCAAACAGGUGACUAACCCAGAGCGGUUUAACAACAGUGUAUCAACACUGUGUGUUUAAAGUGAAUACAAUUGACGAGGGUGUUCCUGCAGUGAAGUGCAGUUCCAUUAUUACUGCAGUUUUAAAGAGACAUGAAGUUAUUCAUAGAGUGACAGAGUGAUUCGAUACGUGACUGAACUGCCUGGUGGGCUUGUUUUCUGUUUCUUUUGAAAGCAGAAGCUCUGUAGCCUCACUUCUGCUUCCCCUUUCUUGGGGGAAGGCAAUCUGAAGAAAGCAGAAAUAGCACAAAAACUAUGAAGGUUUUGUUUGUCUGAAAAAUGAAUGAAGAGUGUAGGGAAGGUGUACAUAUAUAUAUAUAAUAUAUCAUAUAUGUAUUCGUAUUAUGGAAAAUAGUCACAGUACUGCAGUUACCAGUAUUUUUAGCAAUAGUUGGACUUGUUUUUAAAAAUUGGCAGAACCUCAGGAUAAAAAAGAGCAUUUUCUGAUAGUCCAUGUCUCUAUCAGAGAAAAAAAAAGAAAGAAAGAAAUUGAGUGCAUACGGUAAUCUCAUAACUAACAUGAAUAAUCUCCAUAUACUUUUGUCCUUAAAAUCUUAUCUAUUUGAAAAUUUGAGAGCAUUAGAUACAUAUUACAUGACUGUCAAAUUGGAAGCCUAAUUUAUUCAACAGAUGAAAAGUGGGUACUGUAUAAAAUUGAUUUUGAACUCUGUGAGUGUUCCCAGCAGUACCUAUCAUGCAUUCCAUGGAAAUCUAGAAGUCACGAGGAGAAAAAUUUAACUUGUAAAUACUAAGUUGGCACUUAAUCAAAGUAUGUAUUUGAAAACAGAAGCAUACCAUUGUGACAGCACUUUCAAAGAGAAAAGAAAAUGUGUUUGAACAAGCAAGCACACCCAAGCCCCCCACUGUCCCAUGUGUUGAUGCUUGUCUCUUAGAUGCAUUGGGUAGUGCCUUUUUAACGUCUUCACGUUCAUUUUUCACCCCUGUUUUGUGUUUUCUAAAUGUUUGCCCAGUUAGGAAAAUGCUCAGCAUCAAAAGGGCUUCAGAUUUGAAAGAAAACUACUUUUGUUCAUCUCAGGGAACUUUCAAUACGCAAGAAUGAAUUCAAUUAAAGGUAUUUAGUGCUCAGAGGAGAAGUACUGUGUGAGACCAUUCCAUUCUCUAACACUUCAGUCUCCAUCACGGCCUUCUUACGGGAAAAAGGCAAGCAGAGUCAUGAAGGCUAACAGUUCAGUGAGGAAAAGAGUUACAAGUUAACACACAUGAUGGCAUAGGGGAUCAUAGCAAAAUCAAAUUUGAAGUAUAUACUUGAAGUAUCUGUGUUUUCCUUAAUAUGAUAUGCUCACAGCUUUAUGGUUUUAUUUACUUUUUUGUGAUUUAACCAUGCACCUGGGAAUGCCCAGGCAGCUGACUGUGAUGUAUCCCAGUCAUUGAGAUAACACGGUUCUUAUUGUGCUAUUGACAUGAGUAGACCGUGGAAGCACACUCGUUAUUAUUACUCAGCAUGACCUAUACUCAAUAAAUUGCUGAAAGAAAAUGUGAGUCAGUAACAGCUCUCCAGGGCAAAUCUUGUGAUUCAGCCCACAGGAAUAAUGAAACUACUGUACAAGAUUUUCUCACUGGGAAAAGGUGCUGGGCAUUCAAAUGUCUUCAUGUGUUGUAUAUCAUAGAAACUGUGUAUCUAUUGUUAAAGGAAAUCUCUACAUAUAUGCUUACAGAAAUGCUUUAUUUAACAAGUGCUAAGGGAAAUGUACAUAGCAACAAGUUCCUCAGCUACUACUUGGGAAGGGGUGAGCAAAGUGGUUUAUUUCUAGUUGUGUCAGUUAGUCAUGAUACAUAUUAUUAUGUGAUAAUUGGUUCACAGAUUUGUUUUUAUGUGUUUAUUGUAAGGACUAUCUAUAGUUGUGCAAGGGGGAUGGGAAAAGUUGUGUAUAGUUAGCUGUUAUCUCCACAAGUUUGGAAGCUUCCCCAUUAAAUGUUAUCAAUAUACCAAGGUUUUAAUAAAGACAGGUAAUGGCAAUUGUUUGUAUUUGAUAAACAAACUCCAAAUACAACCCAUCUAGAAAUAGAUAUUUUAUUAUAUCUGUGCUAUAAAUAUAUCUCUAUAGUACAAAUAGACAUGUGUGAUGCAUAUAUACCAUGUUAUAUAUGUAUAUCUGUGUAUACACACUGAGUCUUUAAUAUGUGCACAAAUAGAUGUGUGUUAUGCUGAUACCUUCGGGGUCUGCCCUGUGAACUUCCCUGGAGAUCACGGCCACCUUAAAAACAGACGUUCUUUUGAGACUUCAUUUACUACUCUGCUUUAAGAAAGACCUACUUUAUAGCUAAAUUAUAUGUUCUUUCCUAGCGUAAUAGCAAGAGACUAGUAUGUUUAAAUCUUUCCAGAUAAAAGUAAAGAAAAAAAAAAUGUCUUCAAGCUGGCAAUGUAUUUGAAUUGCGAUUUUCUGAUUUUGGGUCUAGGCCAUGUGUUUCUCCUAUAUGUAGCACCUUUUAAGAAAUGCUGUUUCUUUGUGUAGGUAAAAGCACAAGAGUUUUAAAUGUAUAUAGCAGGAAGAAAAAAAAAGGGAGUUUACAGAUAGCUCUGUUGCAUAGGAUAAUUGCUACUGAGUCUUUCUUAUACCAUCCGUGGAAUGAGAAGAUGAAGCUUAUGCUGUAGGGUCAUUCUGGUCAACACUGUUCCCUGUCAUCUGUGUAUAGUAAUUAGCUAUUCUUGUUUUAUCGUUUGUACAAUUGUAAAAUAAAUUAAAUUACUUUUUUUUCCAA